CUCAACCCUACUUUCAGGCCUUUCAAUUGCGCAAAUUGUUUCUCUCUCUACGGCAUCUGCCCAGUAUUUUUUCAUGAACAUUUUUUCAUAAAAAUAUACAGACAAACCUAACUACUGAUUGUUGUUUAUUGUAUCUCCAGUGAGCGUUACCCCCGCCGCCCAGGAAUUUUGGUGAAUUGGGGGAUUUGAGUUAUUAGUCGAAAUCACACACACACACUAAAAAAGAAAAAUUAAUGGGGAGAAAGAAGCCGAGUAACCGUGAUGAGGAGAGCGGCCCCACAGGUGUUGCUGCGGGAGGUAAAUCAAAGAAGAAGGGAUUUAUGAUCGACGAUGAUGAGUACUCUAUGGGAACUGAAUUAUCAGAGGAGGCUGUUGUUCCGGAAGAGAAGGUAGCACCAGUAGGUAAACAAAAGAAGGGCAAGAAGGGUGGAUCAAAGAAAGUAGAGCUGAAUGACGAGGAUGAAGAAUUGGGGGCUAAUGUGGUUGAAGAGGAAGAUGAUGAUGCUCCGGUAAUCAAAUUUGAUGGUAAAAAGAAGUCUAAGGGGAAAAAGAGCACAGGUUUUAGUGCUUCGAGUUUUGGGUUAUUGGGAGAAGAUGAGGAGGAAGACGAUCAUGGAAGGAAGGAUAAUGAUGAGGAGGAUGAAGAAGCAGAUCCACCGGUGAUUGCAUUUUCUGGGAAGAAAAAGCCUUCAAAGAGUAAGAAGAGUGGAGGUGGUAUGGCUUCUGCUUUUGAUUUGCUUGGAGAAGAGGAAGAGAGUAAAGACAACGACGAGAGUUCCAAGGAGGAAGAUGAGGAUAUUGGAAUUACCUUUACUGGUAAAAAGAAGAAGUCGUCAAAGGGUUUGAAGAAGGGUUCCGGAAAUUCGUUUAGUGCAGCUUUGCUUGAUGAAGAAAAUGACGAGGAGGAAAUGCCUCGGAUUAAUUUUUCUGGUAAAAAGAAGUCAUCUAAAAAGAAGAGUGCAAGUGCUGAUACUGCUCCGGAGAGUGGGAAUGGUGAUGCAUCCUCUGAUGUUGUUGAACUGGAUCAACACAACGAGGAUUCUAAAAUUAAAAAGCAGACAAGUGAAGAUAUGGUGGAUACUUCAAAGAACAAAAAGAAGAAGAAGAAGGGUGGGAAAACUGGUCACGAAGAAGACGACUUGGAUAAAAUUCUAGCUGAACUUGGUGUAGCACCUCCGGAAUCAGCUUCUGCUGCAGCUCCAAUUGUACCUACUGCAGGAGAGAAGGUACAGAAGCAGUCUGAGAAAGAAGAGGCUGCUGCUGACAAGGAAGAUGAAGACGAAGGACCUGUGGAGUCUGUAGCAUCAAAGAAGAAGAAAAAGAAGAAGGAUAAAGAGAAAGAGAAGAAGGCAGCUGCAUCUGCCCCUGCAGUGGAAGAAACCAGAACCGAUACAAGUAACAUAGUACCAGGUAAGAAAGUUCCAAAGCAUGUCAGGGAGAUGCAAGAGAGAAUUGCCAAAAUGAAGGAAGAUAAAGAGAGGAAAGAGCGGGAAGAAGCGGAGCGACUAAGGAAAGAAGAAGAGGAGCGACUAAAGAAAGAAGAGGAAGAAAAGUUGAUAGAAGAGAAGAAGCGCUUGAAGAAGGAAAGGGAGAAGGAGAAGCUUUUGAAGAAAAAGCAAGAAGGGAAGCUUCUUACAGGGAAACAGAAGGAAGAAGCUCGGAGGUUGGAGGCAAUGAGGAACCAAAUACUAGCUAAAGCAGGUGGCCUGCAGAUACCCUCUGGAGAAACUACUGGAGCACCUGCCAAACGACCUUUGUAUCAGAAGAAAAAGCCAAAGUCACAAACUCAAUCUAAUGGAGCAUCCACCGUGGACAAUGUUGAGAGCACGGAUUCAAAAGAAAUCCAUGAAAUUGCACUGCAACAGGAUUCUGUGGAAGCUGAGAACGUUGAUGCUGUGGAGUCAUCGAGUACAAAGGAUACAGCUGGCACUAUUGAUGUAAUUGAAGAGAACGGAGUUGAUGAUGAGGAAGAAGAAGAAGAAGAUGAAGAAGAAGAAGAAGAAGAUGAAGAGUGGGAUGCUAAAAGUUGGGAUGAUGCCGAUUUGAAAUUACCUGGUAAAAGUGCAUUUUCAGAUGAAGAAGUUGACUCUGAGCCUGAACCUUUGCUUAAGAAGGAGAUAAAGAAUCCGAGGACUACAACUCAAGAUGUUGAACAGCCUUCUAUUACAACGAAGCCAAAUGAUUUGACUGAAAAGGCUGCCUCAACGGUUCCACUUAGAUCAGACAAGAAGAAUAUCAAACAAGUUCCUAAGGAGGAAACACCGAAAUCGGAUAGUGUCCAGAAAGAACUCCGGUCUCCUAUUUGCUGUAUUAUGGGUCAUGUUGAUACUGGUAAAACAAAGUUGCUUGAUUGCAUAAGAGGUACUAAUGUUCAAGAAGGUGAGGCUGGUGGGAUUACACAGCAAAUCGGAGCGACUUAUUUUCCUGCUGAGAACAUACGCGAGAGAACUAAGGAACUGAAAGCUGAUGCAAAGCUUAAUGUCCCAGGUCUAUUAGUGAUUGAUACACCUGGACACGAAUCUUUUACCAAUUUGCGCUCUCGAGGGUCAGGGUUAUGUGAGAUUGCAAUAUUGGUUGUCGAUAUAAUGCAUGGUUUGGAACCACAGACCAUUGAAUCGCUCAAUCUUUUGAAAAUGAGAAAUACCGACUUCAUUGUUGCUCUGAAUAAAGUGGACAGACUGUAUGGCUGGAAAACAUGCCGCAAUGCACCAAUAGGAAAAGCAAUGAAGCUACAGUCAAAAGACGUCCAAAUGGAAUUUAACAACAGGCUGACUCAGGUUAUCACACAGUUUAAGGAGCAAGGUCUCAAUACUGAAUUGUAUUACAAGAACAAAGAUAGGGGGGAGACUUUCAAUAUUGUUCCCACUAGUGCCAUAAGUGGUGAAGGCAUCCCUGAUAUGUUGUUGCUACUGGUUCAAUGGACUCAAAAGACAAUGAUCGAAAGACUUACAUUUAGCAACGAAGUGGAGUGUACUGUUUUGGAGGUUAAAGUCGUUGAAGGACAUGGGACAACAAUAGAUGUGGUGUUGGUGAAUGGCGUGCUGCACGAAGGAGAUCAAAUAGUUGUUUGUGGCUUGCAGGGGCCCAUUGUUACCACAAUUAGAGCAUUAUUAACACCCCACCCAAUGAAGGAGCUCCGAGUCAAGGGAACAUAUUUGCAUCAUAAAGAGAUCAAGGCUGCCCAGGGUAUCAAGAUCACUGCUCAGGGCCUUGAGCAUGCCAUUGCAGGCACUAGUCUCUAUAUUGUAGGGCCUAAUGACGAUUUGGAAGAUAUCAAAGCUACAGCCAUGGAAGAUAUGAAGUCUGUGAUGAGUAGGAUUGACAAAAGUGGCGAGGGAGUGUACGUUCAAGCAUCUACUCUUGGGUCGUUAGAAGCAUUGUUGGAGUUCUUGAAGACUCCUGCAGUUAACAUACCAGUCAGUGGUAUAAGCAUAGGUCCAGUACACAAGAAGGAUGUGAUGAAGGCAAGUGUCAUGCUUGAGAAGAAGAAAGAAUAUGCCACAAUAUUGGCCUUUGACGUAAAAGUAACUCAAGAGGCUAGGGAACUCGCUGAUGAGCUUGGUGUCACAAUAUUCAUCGCCGACAUUAUUUACCACCUGUUUGAUCAGUUUAAGGCUUACAUAGAUAAUCUUAAGGAGGAAAGGAAGAAAGAAGCUGCUGACGACGCAGUUUUUCCCUGUGUCCUCAAGAUCAUCCCAAACUGUGUGUUCAAUAAGAAGGAUCCCAUUGUUUUAGGAGUUGAUGUCGUUGAAGGCACUGCAAAGAUUGGAACUCCUCUUUGCGUCCCUCAAAGGGAAUUCAUUGAAAUUGGCCGUAUAGCUUCCAUUGAGAAUAACCACAAGCCUGUUGAUUAUGCCAAAAAAGGCCAGACGGUGGCCAUUAAGAUAAUUGGCAGUAACUCAGAGGAGCAGCAGAAGAUGGUUGGCAGGCAUUUCGAGAUCGAGGAUGAGCUUGUGAGCAAGAUCUCUAGAGCCUCACUCGACGCACUCAAAGAAAACUACAAGGAUGAUGUAACUCCAGAAGAAACGAAGCUGCUACAUAAAUUGAAAAGACUCUUCAAAAUCCCGUGAUUUUUCUGGAUAUUGAGUGAAGUGUUUUUGAUAUCGCCUGGGCUUUUGCUGAUAGAAGCAGGUAAUAAGAGACGUCGAGGGGCCUUACAUGAAAACCGAUUCUAGGCUUGUCUUGGAAUCAGAGUUGGAAUAUUCUCUGCAUAUGAAACCGUGUCGUAGUCCGAGGAAGUAUUUUGUCUCUUGAGUCUGUGAUGUUACCAAAAGCAACACAACUGCUUGUGAUUGAGGUUUCAAUACUAGAUUUUUCGUUUUUCUUAUUUGUAAACCAAAUGAUGUUUGAUGAGAUAUACUGAUGGGAAUUUUUUUGUGCGGCAAUAAACUGUACAACUCUCCCAAAUUGGGAUCUUCAAUACAGUUUCAGAAAAAAAAGAUGAUGUUAUUUUGAAA